AAGUCUCAAAGACAACAUGGCUCAAAAAGAGGGGAAGAAACAACAAUGGAACCUUUAAGCCACUGUCCCAUCUGUCCAGCCAUGGGUUGAGAGGCCAAUGGUCAGCAAGUGACUUGCUCAUUUCUGGGCUUGGCUGCAGCUUCAGGCACCACCAUCACCACCAUCAUCACCACAACAAGAUCUUGUCGCCCAUGUUAAAAAAAGUGAAAAUCAUGCGGGAGAGGAUGAUGGUGCGAAUGUUCCUGGCUGAGUUCAUAAGCACAUACGUGAUGAUGGUAUUUGGCCUUGGCGCUGUGGCCCAUAACAUUGUAGGAGCUGGUUUUGGAAGCUACCUCGGCGUCAAUCUGGGUUUUGGUUUUGGAGUCACCAUGGGCGUGCACCUGGCAGGGAGUAUCUCUGGGGCCCACAUGAAUGCAGCUGUAACUUUCACCACCUGUGCCCUGGGCCGCAUGUCCUGGAAGAAGUUUCCCGUGUACGUGCUGGGUCAGUGCCUAGGGUCCUUUAUGGCUGCAGCCACCAUCUUCUGCCUCUUCUACAUCCCCAUUAUGGAGCAUUGCGGUGGAGAGCUGUUGGUGACGGGUCCCCUCGCUACUGCUGAUAUUUUUGCCACCUAUCUUCCUGACAACAUGACAUUAUGGAGGGGCUUCCUGGAUGAGCUAGUGGUGACGGGAAUGCUUGAACUAUGUCUCCUGGCCAUCACAGACAAGAGGAAUAAUCCAGCAGGUCAAGGGACUGAGGCCUUGGUGAUUGGCGUCCUCGUGAUCGUCAUUGGAGUAUCCCUGGGCAUGAACUCAGGUUAUGCCAUCAACCCAUCCCGGGAUCUACCUCCCCGCUUCUUCACCUUCAUUGCUGGCUGGGGAGUAGAUGUCUUCAGAACUCAGAACUGGUGGUGGGUCCCAGUGAUAGCACCAAUCAUCGGUGCCUACUUAGGAGGCCUGAUCUACAUAAUCUUCAUCAGCUCCUGUAUCCCUCGGGAGUCCCAUGCAGACACCGCCAAGGAGAUUGAAGAGCAUAGGACACCCAUGUUGCCCAAGACCACAGCUCAAUCAGCUAUGACCUCUUCCCUCACUCCUGUCUCUGUGUACCCUGAUGACAGACCAAUCACCCUGGCUUCAACAUCUGUAAAUGACCCCAUCCACCUAGAGCCCUUCUAAGUAAUAUUGUUUGUCAUCCCAUCCCCUCAAUAAAGAAAUGUGUCCCAU